CUUUGGAUGUCAGUCUGCUGCUAAGCUUUCGUUCUAUUGUGAGGACUAUCGGACCAAGCCCCAGGACGUCGCGACAUGGGGACCAGGGAUGAUGAGUAUGAUUAUUUAUUCAAAGUGGUGUUGAUUGGUGAUUCUGGAGUGGGGAAGAGUAACUUGCUAUCUCGUUUUACUCGAAAUGAAUUCAACCUGGAGAGUAAAAGCACCAUCGGGGUGGAAUUUGCCACUCGGAGCAUCCAGGUUGAUGGAAAAACUAUAAAGGCUCAAAUAUGGGACACAGCUGGUCAGGAGCGUUACCGAGCCAUCACCUCUGCUUAUUACAGAGGAGCUGUAGGAGCACUGCUAAUCUACGAUAUUGCAAAACAUCUAACGUACGAGAAUGUGGAGCGCUGGCUUAAGGAGCUGAGGGAUCAUGCGGACAACAACAUAGUCAUAAUGCUGGUUGGAAACAAGAGCGACUUGAGACACCUCAGAGCUGUACCAACAGAUGAGGCAAGAGGAUUUGCUGAAAAGAACAAUCUAUCAUUCAUUGAAACCUCAGCUUUGGAUUCUACUAAUGUUGAGGAGUCUUUCAAAAACAUUUUAACAGAAAUCUACCGCAUUGUGUCACAGAAGCAAAUUGCGGACAGGUCAGUCCAUGAUGAUUCCCCAGGAAAUAAUGUGGUGGAUAUCAGUGUCUCUCCUACCAUGGAUGGGCAGAAAGCUGCAAAACUGCAAUGUUGCCAGAACCUUUAAGGAUUGUCAUGAGGCCUGUUGUUACUGCACGAGAUAUGAACUCACAUUCAGCUCUGGGCCUAACUGGGUGCAAAAGAGGUAGAAGCAAGCAAGUGCCAUGGUUAAUCAUAUUAAAACAUUAACUUCACCACCAACCAGUGCAUGUUGCUGGUGUAUGGCUAACAUAAUUUAGAAUGACAUGUAGAAGGUAGCAAUUUAAAAAGAGAA